GCGCCUCCGUCACCAACUCCUCUUCCUUUAUUUUCACGCCUCUCUCACUUAUAUUAGUCCCCCUCUUUCGCUCAAUCAAUCUCUCUCAGCUUUAGCUCAACAAUGCACCGUCACCAGCCUCACAUUUCGCCGUCCUCCACCGACUUCUCCGCCUUCGACUUCAACCUCCGUCCCUCCAAGCGACGCGGCAGUUACAACUGCGGCCGCUGCGGACUCCCCAAGAAAGGCCAUAACUGCAACGUUGAUGGCACUCCGACAUCAUCGUCCACUCCUUCCGUUACCACUACGCCCACACCUUCCGAUUCUUCCGCCGGUGUAUCCGCUCCCACUUCACUCUCCGCCAACCGCCCGCCGCGUCACCAGCACUUCUCACACCUCCGUCGAGCUCUUUCGUUUGAUAAUAUCGAUCUUAGUUGUGAUUCACCGGAAGAACUGGAGUUAGUGAACGAGGAGCCGGUGGAUCCGGAUCCGAUUGUGUCCGGCGGUUUGCCGGCGGCGUGUUUGUGGGAGGUGCUGCGUAGGUUGCCUCCGGUGGGGCUGUUGGCGGCGGCUAAGGUGUGUAAAGGAUGGAGAGAAACGUCGAGGAGGCUGUGGAGGGCGGCGGAGGAGCUCCGGCUUAGGGUGCCGGCGAGAGCUCAGGUCGGAUUUGUUGGAUCCGUUUUGCAGAAGUGUCCCACCCUUGUUAGACUCUCACUUAGAAUGGAAAGUGAUGUAGAUGCAACAAUGUUAGCGUGCAUUGCGUUUUCUUGCCCUAAUCUGGAGUGUAUGGAGAUCUCCACAUCUGAUACUGCAGUCAACCGGAUCACUGGAGAUGAAUUGGGUCGUUUUGUUGCUGAUAAACGAUGUCUUACAAAUCUUAAGAUGGAAGGGUGUUCUAAUUUAGGAGGGUUUGGCCUCUGCUCCUCAAGUCUUUCUACGCUUUGGCUUUCAGAUCUUAACUCCCUCUCUAAGAUGGUCUUCAACUGUCCCAAUCUAAAGGAGAUAUCUAUGGAAUUUUCUCGCCAAGAGAAUGAUAGUACUGAUCUUACUGCCAUGGCUGAUGGAUUGGUGAGGAAUUGUCCAAGGUUGCAAAACAUACACAUUGCAUCAACUCGACUUUCUCAUGCUGUUGUGCUUGCCAUCACAGCUGCAAGCUUAAGGGGGUUGCGAAUGCUUUCACUUGUACUUGGAUCUGAAAUUACUGAUGCAUCUGUUGCUGCCAUUGCUUCAACCUAUUCAAAGUUGGAAUUACUUGAUCUGAGCGGGUCUAGUAUCAGUGACAGUGGCAUUGGAAUGAUCUGCAAUGUGUUUCCCAAUACUCUGUCAAGACUCCUCCUCGCUCUUUGUCCUAACAUUACUUCAAGUGGCAUUCAGUUUGCUACAGCACAACUACCUCUUCUCGAACUCAUGGACUGUGGAAUGUCCAUAUGUGAUCCCAAUUCUGAAAACAGAAACUCUGAUGAGGCCAGUGAAUUUGAGUUACAGAGUGCCUUCAAUAACAAACUACAUAUUAUGUACCAGAAGCUGAUUAUUAAACAUUGCCGCUUAAAAAAACUAAGCUUGUGGGGUUGCUCUGGAUUAGAUGCUCUAUUUUUAAACUGUCCGGAACUCAAUGAUCUGAAUUUGAAUUCCUGUAGAAACUUACGUCCAGAGACGCUGCUACUUCAGUGCCCCAAGUUAGAAAGUGUGCAUGCCUCAGGGUGUCAAGAGUUAAUGAUUGGGACCAUUCAGAGCCAGGUCAAUGGUGAUUCUGCUGCUUUGGAGAAUCAAUAUGCAUUCAAACGUUCAGCCGAUGGUUCAAAGAGAGUUCGGUUGCCACAUUCUUUUAGUCAGCAACCAUCUGAUGAUGACAUGAAGCGAAGGAGGGUUGGAAGACGGCAAUGUAACAUUCUUGUGGACUGAUCCAAAAUUUCUUUAGGACACCAUUCUUUCUGUACACAUGGUGCAAAUUCUUGUUUGUUGUGAUGUUAAUUUACAGAGGUUAUGACCUGGAUGGAUGAAAAUGGUUAUAAUUGUUUAAAUUGCUGGCUAGGGGGGCAGCUGCCUUGUAGAAAUACAUUUUCGCAAACACAAGCGAGGUUUUUAGUCAUAUUGGGAGAAACUUGGAUGACCAACUUUGAUCUUUGGAUUUUAAUUGGUUGCCCAAUCUUUAAAAAUAAAGGCUUAUAAUUUUAUCA